CACUCACUCACAGUCCCUCGGCCUUCACUCACACACCAACUAAGCCCACAGAGCAAGCACACUAGCUAGUUUCUGCCAUGGCAGCUCGCCGUGCCCACGCCGCGGCGGCCUUGGCCCUGCUGGUGGCGGCGCUCGUGCUGUCUGCGGCACCGGCGCCGGCCGAGGGUGCGGUUGCGAACUGCGGCCAGGUGGUGAGCUACCUGGCCCCGUGCAUCAGUUACGCCAUGGGCAGGGUGAGUGUGCCUGGCGGCGGCUGCUGCAGCGGCGUGCGUGGCCUUAACGCGGCCGCUGCCACCCCCGCCGACCGCAAGACCACCUGCACCUGCCUCAAGCAGCAGGCGAGCGGCAUGGGCGGCAUCAAGCCCAACCUCGUCGCCGGCAUCCCCGGCAAGUGCGGCGUCAACAUCCCCUACGCCAUCAGCCAAGGAACCGAUUGCUCCAAGGUGCGUUAAGCGUGAGACCGGAACCAUUUCAGAUGCAUGGUGAGAGCGAAAUAAAUCGUGGAAGCCAGCCGUCCUUGCUGCAUGGCUCCACCCCGUUUGAUUUACUGCUUUACUAGUUCUACUGUUUCCCUAAUAAAUUAGUUUUACUGCUGCUGCUUCGAUCAUACGUUGUGGCCGAUGUUGUUGCCACGAGAGCUGUGAUCUUGUACUCCUGAGGGGACCUCGUGUCCUUUGUUGGAAUUCUGUAAUGCAUGCUUACAUCUAUAUAUAGAUGAUGAACAAGCGAAAUACAGGGUCCUUUAAUAAUGUCAGUAUGUCUGAA